CUGGGCUCUGAACCGGCAACCACCUUGCUUCCUGUGUUCUCUGUGGUGGCUUUAUUUUUCUAUUUUUUUUUAAUUAUUUUUAUUUUUGAUGAUACUGCUGAGCCUCUCGAGUCUCCCAUCCCAGAGGGCCUCGCAGAACCCGGUGUUGAAAACCUCAUUUGUAACAGCCGGUAGAGCAUAGGAGCCUAUGCACGUGGCAUAAGGGGUGCUCUCCUGAGCUGGGCUGUCACGGCGGUGUAGGAGGCCGGCCCAGCACCUCUUGUGGAGUUGGGGCUUUGGACGUGCAGUGCUAGAACAUCCAGGUUGCAGCCAGACGAACCUGGUGCUUUGUGACAGCAAAGUGCUGCUACCAAAAGUAUACAUGAAGGUCAAGAUCUGAAGCUGCUAUGACUGACCCAGAUGUCCUCACUGAGGUCCCUGCAGCUCUCAAGCGCCUCGCCAAGUAUGUCGUGCGUGGUUUUUACGGCAUUGAACACGCUUUGGCUCUGGACAUUCUCAUCCGAAACCCCUGCGUGAAGGAAGAGGACAUGUUAGAGCUCCUUAAAUUUGAUCGGAAGCAGCUGCGGUCUGUACUCAACACCCUCAAGGGUGACAAAUUCAUCAAAUGCAGGAUGAGGGUAGAGACAGCUGCAGAUGGAAAAACCACACGCCAUAACUACUACUUCAUCAACUACCGCCUGCUGGUGAAUGUGGUGAAGUACAAGCUGGACCACAUGAGGAGGAGGAUCGAGACGGAUGAGAGAGACUCCACCAAUCGCGCCUCUUUUAAAUGCCCCAUUUGCUUCAGUACUUUCACAGACUUGGAGGCCAAACAGCUGUUUGACCCCAGGGCAGGAACUUUCCGUUGUACUUUCUGUGAGACUGAAGUGGAAGAGGAUGAGUCGGUGAUGCCAAAAAAGGAUGCAAGGACACUCGUGGCAAGAUUUAAUGAGCAGAUCGAGCCCAUCUAUAAGCUACUUCGUGAGACGGAAGAUGUCAACUUAGCCUAUGAAGUCCUUGAACCAGAGCCCACCGAGAUUCCUGCCUUGAAGCAGAGCAAGGAACGUACAGCUGGGACUGGUUCAGGGACAGCUGCUGUUACGGGUGGACACCAUCGAGAAGCCUGGACUACAAAAGGACCAUCCUAUGAGGACUUGUAUACCCAGAACGUUGUCAUCAGCAUGGAAGAUCAGGAGGAUGUUAACAGAUCUGCAAGUGAAGGAAAACCAGCACGAGAGAGGCCCAUUUGGCUACGGGAGAGCACAGUGCAGGGGGCUUAUGAUCCUGAUGAAAUCAAGGAUGGAGGGCGCGACCUGGAUGCCUUCCAGGAGCGUGAGGAGGGCCGGGCAGCUCUGGAUGAUAAUGAGGAGGUGAUGCGUGCCCUGCUGAUCCAUGAGAAGAAGACACCUUCUGCUUCUACAGUCACCGUUGGAGGUGCCGCUCCUCUCUCUGGUGCCAAUGCCAGUGACUCCGAGAGCGAGACGAGCGAGUCGGAGGAAGAAACUCCUCCCCGUCCUCCUGCUGCAGCCACCACAGCGUAUGGGCUGGAGGAGGAGGAUGAGGAGGAAGAGUUCGAGGUGGUGGCAGAGGACCCCACCGUCACAGUGGCUGGGCGUCCGCACUCUUACAGCCAAGUGAGCCAGCGCCCUGAGCUGGUGGCCCAGAUGACUCCAGAGGAAAAAGAGGUUUAUAUAGCCAUGGGGCGACGCAUGUUUGAGGAUAUGUUUGACUAACUGCUUCCUGCCACAACCUUUUUUAAACAGUUUUUUAUCCAGAGACUUCCUAGUAAAACAGAAGACUGAAUCUUUCCUCACCUGUGCACAGGGACACUGGGGCUUGGAGCUACUGAUCUUGGGCAUCUUGCCCACCAGAGAAGGGGAGCAGGAAGGCUCUAUGUGCCAAAACAGGUAGGGGAGGAUAAGUGAGGAUGUUUGUGAGGUAAAAAUCUACUUCAGGGUGCCCAGCACAGGCACUGGUUUAACCCUCUCCACGGCCGAGUAGCUGCCUCUCCCCAAUUGCUUGGGUCUAUUUUUGUUGCAGGUCCUAGUGAGCUCCAUGUCCCUGC